AUGAUUUUGCCCCACGCGGCUGUCCGCUCUCUUCAAGCCCUUUCGCUCAAUGCGGCCCGUCAACCCCUCCAAUCGUCUUCUAUCCAGUGCCCGAUCGUCCUCGAUGGACGGAUCCCCCAGAACUUCACCCUGCAGGUCUUCGACACCAACGAGAGCCCCUUCAACCCCGGCUUCACAAAGGGGCCCGCGCCGUGGUCCGAGAUCCUCCUGUUCCCCGCGGGCGUGACCCCGUCGCGCUUCGACGUCGUCUCCGAGCCGACGGCGACCAGCUUCAAGCCGCUCGAGGUCACCAUCGACGACAAGUCCAUCUUCGACCCGAGCGGCAACAACCCGCAGCUCGGGUUCCGCCGCGCCGGGCUGCUGCUCGGCAACGGGUCCGACGCGUCGAACCAGGGCGUCAUGACGUUCCACUGGAGCUCCCGGCAGGACCCUGCGCGCAAGCUGAACCUGACGCACGAGUACCUCACCUCGUUCCACGAGACGAACGACUCGGGCGGCGCGCAGUUCUCUCUGCAGGUCGGCACCCCGCUGGGCCAGGACGGCGCGGCGGGCAAGCCGGCCGCGAGCGACUGGAAGAUGCUGAACCGGAACAACACCGUCGUCUUCUCGACCCCGCUCAAGUUCGACGCCUGGCAGAACUUCGCCGUGACGCUCGAUGUCCCAAAGAACACGAUGCAAGUGUACUUCUCUGAAGGCAACGAUCCGCUGAAGCCGGUCACGGAGAUCCUUCCGAAUGAUAACUCGGGCGGCGGCGCCCUGCAGAUCGGUCUUCUCAAGAAGCCCACCGAGACAAAGACAGUCGUCUUUGACGGGUUCCAGGAGAGCAACAUAGACGAAGGGCAGAUCCUGGGGAGCAUUUUCGUCGAGGACAGCGCGAAUGGCUGCGUGUCUCUCUGA